AUGCAUCUCCUCCUGGCAUCAUUGCUCGGGCAGCUCACAAUCAAGUGUAAAAAGGUCCCCGACGAUGGUUUGUACGAAACACUACGUGAUUAUCAGGGCCAGGGACAGCUUCCGGAUGACAGCAUGGACCUCUUCAAUCACCUGCAGCGGUUUAUUUCCAAGGCAGACAGGGAUAUCUUCCUUGUCCUUGACGGCCUUGACCAUGUUCUCGAUCGCAGGGGCUCACGCAAGAACGAUAUCAAACUGCUUGACAUUAUCCUGAAGCUGAUACAAAAAGAGUACACCAACCUUCACGUCCUCGUAGUCAGCAAGUACGAGAAAGACAUAGCACAGGAUUUUGAGAACAAGAUCAGAGAUAUGCUGGUGUCAGUAGAUGUUGAGCAGGGACUUGGCAAAGUUCUUAAAACAUUUGUGGAGAGGAAACUAGAGGACACUCCUGUCUUGAAGGGAGAGGACUCUCUGAAGGGCGAGGUUAAGCAGCGUCUCGGGCAUUACCAAAGCAGCCAAGGCAGCAACUUUCACUGGGCACGGUCUAUUCUCAAACAAGUGUCAGCGUGUCACGAGCCAGCAGAGGUCACAGCAGAGUUGAGGAAAUUGCCAGAAAACAUUGCCGCCAGGUAUCAAGAUGCGCUGGAGAAAGUGGCGGCCAACAGCGUUAAAAGGCUAAAGGACAUUCUCCUUUGGCUCAUGAAUCAAAAGCGGCCGCUCUCGCAAGCCGAGCUUGCGGCAGUGGUCAAACUUCGAAACGCAAAGGAAGUGGCAGGGAUCUGUCCAAGAGUACUUGUGGAGACGGCCACGGAGGACGAGGUGGACGUCUUUCGCUUCACCCACUUCUCAGUCCAAGAGUAUCUGAAAGACCCCUUCUCCCGAGCUCCCAAGGGGCAGGAAACGAUCAGGUCUGGGAACAUCGAGCGCCUUCUGCCGCCCCAGAAACACGACGCACACCUUCUCAUCACCAAACGCUGCUUGGAGAUCCUAUCAGCCUUCCGACCGACGAAGACGAGCAAGAAGAAAGGCGAUGCUAUCGAGAACACGUCAAGUAGCGAUAGUGAUUCGGACCGUCUUGUUUCGUCCGCCUCCGCCCCCAACCGCCGCCGUGUCACUAUCGAUGCCAGCGACCACGGCUCUGACGCCUGGCGCACACAGGACACCAGUCCAGAUGAUUCAGCGCCGGACCGGCGCGCCCCCAUCAAAACAGCAAGCAGGAAGAGCAUCGAUAAUGAGAUUCAUAGCAACGAAGGUCAAUUCAAUGCUAUUGGCAGCGACAAAGGAUUUCCAGCCAGGCUCAAAGAGCUGGAGACCGAGAUUUGCUCCAAGCUUCUGCUAGACAAGGAGAAGAUGCGGGCUUGGCUAGAUACCUAUAAUCCUGACGGACGGGGAAACAAAAAGCCACCCUCUGCUGUCUACUACGCCGUCAAGCUGGAGCUCAAUGGCAUCCUCACACGGCUUGUCGAUGAGAUCUCCAAGUUGCACACCGAUCUUCCCGCUCGACGCAGGGCCCUGGACCAGCGUGGUCUAGAGGGAACCGCUCUCCAACUGGCUGCAGUUCGGGGUGAAUCUGAUAUUAUUAACCUCCUGCUCCAACAAGGCGCCGAUGUGAAUGCGGAAAAAGGACCCCACGGGACUGCGCUGUAUGCAGCUGCAGCCGAGGGUCACCUUGAAGUGGUGAAAAGUCUAUUCCAAGCAAUGAAGCUGCUCCACGCCGACACAAAGACAGGUGACCAAGCAGAUGGAAAUCUUGGUAGUCCACUGCACGUCGCAGCAUUCCGCGGCCAUAAUGCGGUCGUCAAACUACUUCUUGAGCCACCUGGCGUGGCCGUGGACCAUCUCGCCGACCCCUUCGGCACCGCUCUACAGGCGGCCUGCGCAUCCAGGAAGAUCAGUACCAUCAAGCUACUCCUGGCCAACGAUGCCGACCCCAACAUAGUUGCUGGCUGUUUCGGCACAGCUGCCCAGGCCGCAUUUGCGCAUCCUAGGGUUUCCUUGGUCAAGGGAUCGGACGAGGUCCUUGAGAUGUUACGAUCCAAAAAUGCCGAAUGGCUCGAAUCUCCCAUGUUCUGGACCUUGGCGUACAGCAGGGUGAGGUCGUCCCUCGAUCCCCGGCCGCGGUAUAACAGGAUGAAUGUUCUGGAUUUCGCCUCGACAAACUACGAGACAUUGCUUAAGGCAUCAGCACCCAGCUGGCUAGAAGAAGAGGCCCUCGGAGAGCAUGAACUUCUCGCAAGCGUUGUCCAUCAAUGGGCAAUCCCCAUGACCACCAUGCCGGAUGAGGCAUUUAUCAAUAGGCGGCUGCUCGCCAGAAUUCCUUUCCAAGAUCAGCUAGACGCCAUCAAGCGGGCUGUUCCCCAUCACGAAAAUACCAUGAAUCAUCUGCGCCACCAGGACUUCUUGAGCAAGGCCCACUUCUGA